AUGGGUUCGGUUUUCCGGCAAAGUGGCCGCGGCAGGAAAGCGGUGGCGGCCGGAGGCUUCGAGCACACCAUGGACACAGGAAGUCGCGCUGGUCUGCAACAGCCCAGGGAGGGCGGAGAGGCCAGGACUGCGCACGAGAGCGGGAGCAGCGCCCUCGACCACGGGACAGGAGUACUGGACCAACAAGGACUCCCACGAACACAACACCAACCUCCCGCCGGAGCAGAAGUAACCCCAUGCACGGUGCCCGGUCGGGAUGUGCACUUCCGCUUCCGUUGUUCCUUACCGCUCACUAAACAUACAAGAACUCACAGUGGACAGAGGCCUUAUGAAUGUAAGUGUGGGAAAGUCUUUAGAUUUCUCUCAGGCCUUACUACACAUAUGCGAACUCACACUGGAGAGAGGCCUUACAAAUGUAAGGAAUGUGGGAAAGCCUUUGGUCGGUCCUCACACCUCACUACCCAUAUAAGAAUUCAUAGUGGAAAAAGGCCUUAUGUAUGUGAAUGUGGGAAAGUCUUUAGUUAUCCUUCAGCCCUCACUAAACAUAUAAGGACUCACAGUAGAGAGAGAAUUUUUGAAUGUAAGAUAUGUGGGAAAUCUUUUACUUGUUCCUCAUCCCUUGCUACACAUAAAAGAUCGCACAUUGGAGAGAAGCGUUAUGAAUGUAAGGAAUGUGGGAAAACCUUUAGUUGUUCCUCAUCCCUCAAUACACAUAUGCGAAUACAUAGCGGUGAGAGGCCUUACCAAUGUAAGGAAUGUGGGAAAGCCUUUGGUCGGUCCUCACACCUCACUACCCAUAUAAGUACACACAGUGAAGAGAGGCCGUAUGAAUGUAAACAAUGUGGGAAAGCCUUUAAGCAAUUUCCACAACUCACUAUCCAUAUGAAAACACACAGUGAAGAGAGACCAUUUGUAUGUAAACAAUGUGGGAAAGCCUUUAAGCAGGUUUCACAACUCACUACCCAUAUAAAAACACACAGUGAAGAGAAGCCUUAUGAAUGUAAGGAAUGUGGAAAGUCCUUUACUUUUUAUGAGUCCUCAAAGCUCACUGACCAUGUAAGAUCUCACAGUGGAGAGAAACCUUAUGAAUGUAAGGAAUGUGGGAAAGCCUUUAGUUGUUCUUCAUCUUUCCGUAAACAUGUUAGAACCUUCCAUGAAGAUAGGCCUCUUGAUAAAAAGGACUGUUGA